UUAUUGUUUAAUAUAUAUUUUAUUAUUUUAUUGUUUCCCUUCAACGUGACUUUACCGAAAGAACCAAUAACAUGGAUCGUUUUCCACGCGUUCAGAUGUAGCAGGACUCUCUUAGAAGUAGAGACUUGACACUCAGUGAGGCUUCCUGGAUAAACAAAUUGCAUUGUUGCGUAUAUUAUUGUUCGUCGUAGCUGUUGUUGUUGUUAUAAAUGUUAUACUGUAGUGAUUAAAGAAUUAAGCCGCUUGGCCUACGUCAGCGCCGCGGGUUGCCCGCGACCGCUUCUCCCGGCCUCCUUCCUGCCGUGGCUUCCAGCAGCUAACACGGCGAAACGAGGACGACUGCCAUGGCGCUAGAGCUCGACGUGUUCGUGGGGAACACGACGCUCAUUGACGAGGAGGUUUACCGGCUCUGGCUUGACGGACACUCGGUGACCGACGCGGUGGGGAUGCGGACACAGAGCGGCACUCUCCUACAGCGAUCGGGUGCCACCAUGGCACUGCUGCACAGCGACACCAUGGACCAGUUCCGCUCGUGCCAGAUGCUGGAGCGCCUCCUGCACACGCCGCACAAGCUGGCCAACCAGCUGCUCUACCAGAUCCCGCCUCUCAUGCGUGCCACGCUCAUCGAGAAGUACUACGAGUUUGACGAGGCGUUUGUGCGCGAGGUGCUUGGCAAGAAGCUCUCCAAGGGGACCAAGAAAGACUUGGACGACGUGAGCGCCAAGACGGGCGUCACGCUGCGCAGCUGCCGCCGCCAGUUUGACAACUUUAAGCGAGUCUUCAAAGUGGUGGAGGAGAUGAAGGGUGCACUGGUGGACAACAUCCAACAGCACUUCCUUCUGUCCAGGAAGCUGUCCAGGGACUAUGCGGCAAUCGUGUUUUUCACCAACAACCGCUUCGAGACCGGCAAGAAGAAGCUCCUGUAUCUCACGUUCGAGGACUUUGCGUUCUGCGCCGAGCAGCUCAUCCAGAACUGGACGUUGGGUGCUGUCGGCCCACAGGAGGAUGACAUGGACGUGGAUCUCGAUCGAGAGUUCCUGCAGGAUCUCAAGGACCUGAAGGUGCUCAUCUCCGACAAAGAUCUGCUGGACCAGCACAAGAGCUUGGUGUGCACCACACUUAGAGGCAAGAUCACCGUCUUCAGCGAAAUGGAGGCGAGCUUCAAGGCGCUGUCUCGCGGGAUCGUGAACAUCGCCGUCAAGCUCAUGCACAGCAAGGACGUGCGAGACUUCUUUAUCGACCUCGUCGAGAAGUUCAUCGAGCCCUGCCGUGCCGACCGAUGGAGCCACAAUGACGUGCGACUCUUCCUGACGCAGUACGCCAACUCCGCCAGCGCGCUGGACGCCUUCAAGCACCAGCUGCUGUGGGAGCGCUACAUGGGCACCGUCCGCAGCUGCGUCCUCAAGAUGUACCACGAACGGUGAGCGGCCUGCAGCGGCGUAGGCGCUGUCGCAACCGAGAGCACUGCCCUGAGUUGAGAGCCACCGGCACGGAGGAGGAGCCACCGGCAGUGCCCACCAGUCCCGCCAUUGCUCCCCACCACCAAUGUUCAUACGGCGCUUGUGGAGAGGAGUUAACUUUGAAGUAGAAAUCCUCCGCUUGCUCUUCAGUUACCCGCUCGCAAGUUGCUGACGUCGUUAAGCGAUGGACUACAACAGCGUUUGACAGCAGCCAUUGACCACGGUGGUUGCAAACAACGGCUGACAGCAGUGGUUGACAACGGGGGUUGGAUUUCGCGGUGUGUGGGUGGGAUGAGGCUAUAUAUUUGCAUUGGGGAAUAUCGGGAAGGUCGCCUCUCCACGCUGGCUGCUAAGGCGCCCUCGUCAUCGUGGCUGAGUUAGAACUUGGCGUGGUGCCCUUGUGGGGCGUCAUGGAGGUAACAGGUAAGAGACAGAAAGUGCGUUACGCCAGGUGAAAUGAGAAACGUCUUUAGCCCAGAGGUUCGUAAGCGAGGGACAAAACUGUAUUUUGUUUUUGCUGGGAGAAAUGAACUUCCUAUCAGUUGGCUGUAUAUGUGGUACCCAUGGCUGUGUUAAGUGCCGAUGAGGCGUGUCUAAUCAACACCAGUAGUUAUGACUAUAAUAAAUAAUAGGUUCAUUCAUUA